GAAAUAAACCUAACUAUGAUAUGUUCCUUUGUUCAUGUCGAUGCAGGAAGUGGAGCUGGGAAAAGAAAAAAGAAGAAAAAGCAAAAAAGAUGCGAGGAAAAACCCCUUCCUGAAGAUGCUGCUAAUGUCUGUAAGUUCGAUAAAGACCAAGUUGGAGGACAAGAGUCCUUGGAUGUGACUGUCCACGAUCAAAAUCCAGCUGUCAAGCCGGUGAGCCAGGUGGAGGUGGUGAGCUUCCAGGACCCCACCAAGAGACAAAAUAAGACCACACAGAUGCCCACUGUCAAUGAAACAAUUCUACCGGAGACUUCGAAGAAGCAGAGUGCUCCGCAACAGGGUGUCAGUUUGGAAAAGGCUCGACUGGAGGUCCAUCGCUUCGGCAUCACAGGCUACAAAAAGGAGCAGCAGCGAGUCUAUGAGGAGGAGCGCGCCAUCAUGUUGGGCGCACGGCCUGCCAAGAAAAACUGUUUGAACUACAAGGUGCUGCAGCAGCAAAUCAAAGACAAGAAGGCAGCGGCGAAAAACGAAUUGCAGUCGGACCUGAGGAAAAAGAAGAAGAAUCCAAGCAGGGACAACAGGAAGACGACGACGUCUGGCUCGUCGUCAGCACCCACCGGUCAGGUGGGCCGCUUCAAGGACGGGAUUCUGAUCCUCAGCCCCAAGGAUGUCCAGACCAUGAAGGCCAAGGUGCGACGCAAAUGAGGAGAAUCUGUUCUUUUUUUCACGUGAAGAAAGGAAGGCUUCAAACUCGGAAGACAAAGGCGGUGUCUGCAUUUAGGCGGCGUCUUUUACCUAAAACCAGGUGAGAUCGCAUCUGGCACGGACCAUAGAAAGGUGAACAAUGGGUUCGCUUGAAGUCAACCCUCAAAAGUCCAAUGAUUGACAUUUCCGGAUUUCGAAACGAUGCCAAAGUCAAACGGAAAAGUUGAAAUCAUCAUGUGUGACAUCAGUAAACCUCACGCGACUUCAGUUAAUAUUUGGUGGAGUGGUAUUUUUGUGAUGAGGGAGGUGAACUGCUCAGUACAAAAAUCUCAACGCACCAGAUCGCUUUUGUCUUUAUUUCAUCACAGGUAAUUUAUUUCUCUCCUUUUCUUUUUUUUUUUUUGAAUAUAAACAACCAAGAAGAAGACAUUGUUUGCGUGUGUAUUUGUCUUUGUCUUAUGCUCAUAUACAAACCAUUUAGUCGUACAAAACAUUCACAGCUUGGCAGGAGCAGGGUGUUGAAAUGAGGUGGUUCGGUUCCAAGAAUGAAUAGUAACAACGAAGUAAAUGCGAAUUCAGCUCUUUGUAUUUACACUUUGAAAUAGAAACAGCAGCAACUUGGACGCGGAACAAACUCAAGAGGACGGCGACGUACAAAAAAAAAAAAAAAAAAAA